AUGGUCAUCUGUAUCAUGGCUGUGAUAGGAGCAUUGAGUUCCGGACGAUUAGCCGAAGGUGUUGGGCGUCGUCCCAUCCUUAUCUAUACAUUCACUGGCUUGGCUAUAGUGAACACCCUCAUCUCAGGAUUUAUGUUUUGGUUUGACAAGAGUCAAAUCAAAUUUAUUGGGUGGUGCGUUGUAUUGUGCUGCUGCAUUUUCAACUUGAUAUUCGCCUCUGGACCCGGGCCAUUGUGUCUUUUUGUUGGAGGUGAACUUGUCGGGCAAAGGGCAAGAGCAGCUACUUUUACAUGGAUAAAUAUAGCCAUGAAUGGAAUCCGGUCGGGUCUACUUGUCGUAUAUUUUCCUAUUAAGAAUUUGCUAGGACCUCCGCUCAGCUAUUUUGUGCUGUUUUUCCCACCAUGUGUCCUGACAGUUCUUCUUUGCUUCUUCUAUCUACCGGAAACUAAAGGAAAAACACCUGAAGAGGUGAAUUGUUAA